UCAGGAGUUUAAAGGGCAGAGUUGUAAAAACUCCCAGGCAGUGGGGAGUCGGAUUGCCUGACGAUAGACUCCAAAAAAAAAAAAAGAACAAUUCCCCGAAGAACAAACAGCUAAUAUCGAUGCACCCUAACUGGAAUAAUCUUUUCGAUCACUGCUAGCUAGGAACCGAAGCGGAAGCCACCAGGAGAGACAAACACGGUCGUUUAAUGAGCGCAAGAAGACUUUGCUGCUCUCGUCCACCAGCACUUCCGAGUCCCCACUGAUCACUACUGCCUUGGAGGUUUUUACAGCACUCUACUAAAGCAGCACAGACGAACAGCUAUGCAGCUUGAAAUCCAAGUAGCGCUGAACUUCAUCAUUUCGUACCUGUACAACAAGCUCCCUCGGAGGCGAGUGAACAUCUUUGGCGAGGAGCUGGAGAGGCAGUUGAAGAAGAAGUAUGAAGGACACUGGUACCCCGACAAGCCAUACAAAGGAUCCGGGUUUAGGUGCAUCCACGUGGGCGAGAAGGUGGACCCGGUCGUGGAGGAAGCAGCCAAAGAAAGCGGGCUGGACAUCGAGGACGUCCGCAAUAACUUGCCUCAGGACCUCAGCGUCUGGAUCGACCCUUUCGAGGUGUCCUACCAGAUCGGGGAGAAGGGAGCGGUCAAGGUGCUAUACGUGGACGAUAACGGCGAGAACGGCUCCGAGCUGGACCGGGAGAUCAGAAACAGUUUUAACCCGGAGGCUCAGGUCUUCAUGCCAAUCAGCGACCCGGUGGGCGUCUCGUCCGAGUCCAGCUCGCCGUCGCCGCCGCCGUUCGGCCAGUCGGCGGCCGUCAGCCCGUCCUUCAUGCCGCGUUCCACCCAGCCUUUAACCUUCACCACAGCCUCGUUCGCCGCCACCAAGUUCGGCUCCACCAAGAUGAAGAACAGCGGCCGCAACGGCGGCAAAGUGGCACGCAGCUCUCCCACCAACCUGGGCCUGAAUGUCAACAGCCUCCUCAAGCAGAAAGCCAUCUCCAGCUCCAUGCAUUCGCUCUACGGCUUUGGCCUGGGGAGCUCGCCACCCCAGCAGCAGCAGCAGAAGGCGGCGUCCGCGCUCUCGCCCAACGCCAAGGAGUUUGUGUUCCCCAACCUGCAAGGCCAAGGGAGCUCCGGAGGCGCUCCGGUGUUCUCUCCGGGCGAGAACCCUCUCAGCCUCAGCCCUCUGCAGUACAGCAAUGCCUUCGACGUGUUCACGGCCUACGGGAGCAUCAACGACAAGUCGCUCAUGGAUGGCUUAAACUUCAGUCUCAGCAACAUGCAGUAUUCAAACCAGCAAUUCCAGCCGGUCAUGGCUAACUAAUGUCGGAAACGAUUGUUGGCGGAAGGAAAACGAAAGACGCACAACUGUGGGAUCCCUAUUAGUCACUGAUAAGCGCAUGUGCCCAAGGGUGUUUGUUUCACUUUAUUUUAUUAUUUUUCUCCAGUUGAUCUCUCUCUCUGCCCCCUUGAGUUUGUACUAAGGCUUGUGUUACGCACACGUACACGCGUCCGAGCUCGGUUACAUUCGGUCGACACGCGUCUCUUUUCGUUUCCUUUUUUGCCAAUAAAGCAAAAAAUGAUUUUUUUACUACCUUUUGGAAGAAAAAUACUCUAAAACAUACUCUAAAAAAAAAAAAAAAAAAAAAAGAAACACAGAA